AUGGUGCGCUUCCAACCGUGGUGUAUGGCACUGCAGACGCGCUUCAAGUGGCGCCACAAAGAGACAGACCGCUGGCGUCGUCUUAUGGACGCGACGUGCGUCCCCUUCGAUUGGUUCGGCCAGACGCGCGGCCCGACAUUCACGCAGUUCGGUGGUCACUGGACGCACCUGCUCACCUGCGCCCAUGUUGUGUGCCCGUGGGACUACCCCAACUACUACCCGCCGGAGGGGCCGGCACGCUUUGUCUCGCGCAUCACGCUCGCCGACACCAUGACGCAGGUGCGCCUCGUAUCGCUGCAGGGCACUGCGGUUUACAAGCACUUCACGUCGAACCAGCACGUGUACGUGCACACCAACCCGCGGCUAGAUCUCUGCGUGCUGCACGCUGAGCAGAACUUGAGGCGCAGCGGGGAGAUGAAGAUGCUAUGGAUGCAGAACGAAGGCUACGUCAUACGCCCGCGGCUGGAAGUGGUGGAGCCGCUCGCGGUAGGCGACCACGUGUGGAUCUACGGCAUGACUGCGCACGAGUCGCUCUUUGACGAGGAGAAGGGGCCAGAGCCGCUCAUGAUACCAACAGGCAUCCGUGCUAAGGUGCACGCGCUGACGCGGGAACACUUCUUCCUCGACACGACAUCCAUCGAAGGCGAGGAGAAGGGUCGCAUCGGCAUGGGCAUGUGUGGCUCGGUCGUGAUGCGCAACGGGCGCUGUGUUGGCAUGCUGACGGCGACUGUGCAUGAAGAGAGCAGAUGCAGAGAGCUCGCCGGCACCGCGAUGUGCACGUACGCAAGCGACAUAUUUGACUUCCUGCUGGAGGUGGAGCGACAGAUGAAGGAGCCGCCUCCGAAGCUGCAGCGCGAAGAGACCGUCUUCCAGCAGCGGCGCCACGACGAGGGCUGCGAGCAGCAGCAACAGAAGGACUGGGAGCUCGACCAGAGCCGACUGGCGCGUCACAUCCCGGUGCCGGUGUCGCUGUGGCAUAUGGAGGAGAAAUGGAUGACGGAGGAGGACUACAUGACGAGCACCGUCUUCGGCCGUAGCGGCAUCUUCAACCAGGAGACGCAGGAGAACACGCUCGGCUACGACAUGAACUCUGCAAAGUCGUACGGCGAGCGUCCCGGUGACAUUGCAGCCUUCUCGACGGCCUCACAGGACGGCAAGCCUGGUAUGCAAGGCGAGCGGAAGGACUACAGCCCCACCAGCAUAUACGCCGACCACGAGGAUUUCAAGACGCGGGACGUUUGGGACUACAACGUCAGCGCAGAGAUGCGCUCGCUCUUCGAUAACUCUGUCGACGCAAAGGACGCGCACAGCCUCAACAUGAUGCGGAAGUCGCUGGAGAACAUCCGCGCGCAGCGGGCGAUGGAGAAGAUGAAGGAGACAGUGCUGAAGAACCCUGGCCGCUCCACCGACCCUCUCAAUGUUGGCAACAUGGGUCGCUACGACGCCAACAGCAGCGAUGGCGGUGACGCAUUCGAUCCUGCAGGGGCCGACGAAACACCGGCGGCAAAGCGGCAGCGUGAGGAAGAGGAGUACCACGAGGCGCUGCGCCGCCGCCACGGACAGAAGGCGCGGCCUUUCGGCGAUGAGGACCUCCGCGGGCUGUGGGAGCCGCAUUAG